AAAAAAGUUGAAAAUCUGUGCUGUGGCAUUUGUUUUGAUUUUGCUAUUCAAAACAGAAAGAAAUGUGAUAAUCUUUCCGUUUUGAAUUUUAUCGUAAAUAAAACUUACAUUACAAAUAAUUAUGUGAUUCCGAAAAUUUUAAGUAUUGUCUUUGUUAUUAUUUAAUAUGGCUAACGAAGAACAUAAACAUUUAGCUAGUUUUUUAAAAGACGUUCAUUUAUCACUAAGAAAAUCAUCUGCUGAGGUCGGAGUGGAAAAAGCAUGGCACAAUCACUGUAGUAAUAAGGAAGUUCUCAAUACUUACGCACAGUAUAUGGAGAAACUGGCUACAACACAUUGGGAAAGAAACUCAUCAGAUGAACAAAGUUUAGCCUCUUCGCGGAUAUCGUGGGCUGCCGAUUUUGCAUAUGAAUAUUUCAUAAACAAAUCCUUUAUGAAACAUAGAGAAAAGGAAAUAGAUAUUGGAAACAAAAUCAAUAUAAAAGUAAACAAUACAAAUGAACUAUAUUCCUCACCUAUUACACUCCUUGAUGUUGGUAGUUGCUACAAUCCUUUUAGAAUAUAUGAUUUUCUAGAUGUGUUGGUGAUAGACUUGUGUCCUGCAAAUGAUUUUGUAUUUGAAUGUGAUUUCCUACAUGUCCCUAUAGAAUCAGACACUAUCCUAAUAAACAACAAAGUAAAACAAUUAAAAGAAAACUUUUACAAUGUAGUGACAUUCUGUUUUCUUCUUGAAUACAUUCCAUCAUCAGAGCUAAGAGUGAAUGCUUGUGAAAGAGCAUAUAAGCUUCUAAAAGACGGUGGUUUGCUACUCAUAAGUACUCCUGACUCAAAACAUGUUGGUGCUAACAGUAAACUUAUGAAAUGUUGGAGAUAUACAUUGUCUAUUAUGGGAUUUUCAAGGAUCAAGUAUGAAAAACUUAAACAUAUGCAUUGUAUGGCAUUUAGGAAGUGUUUAAAUAAAGAGGUUGCAGUCAGAUGGGCAACUCUACAUAAAGAAAUGUAUAUGGACUAUUGCAUACAUAUCCCUCAAGACUACAGUACCAAUAAUGGGUGUACAAUAGCCACAAGUAUUGAAGUAGAUGUUGAUGAUUUUAGAGAACUACCUUUUGAUAUUUUAAGUUAAUCUUGUCUGUUGGAGCUUCUCAAGGAAGCUUUUUCUGUAUAUCCUAAGAUUCACUGUAUUUUUAUUAAUUUGUUGUUAAAUUAUAUUUUAAAUACAAUGA